GAAAGGUCACCCAUGCAUUUAUUACAAACAACGAAGGCGAAGUCCUGGCAAAAACAGCCAAAUGUAGUGUUACAGCACAGGACAUCAACAGUAUCCUGUUCAGUCUGUUCUCUAGCUACAGGGGGAUGGUGAAGAUUACAGUCUUCAGUGAUGUGUACACAUGCUUUAAACAUGAUGAGCAUUCACUGGUUGGGCGAGCGAGCACCGACAUCUUUGUUGCUCGUCGUGGUCAACAGAGUAUUGUUGUCGGGUUCUGUGAUGCACUGACUCCAGGUUCUUGUGUGAAGGAAGUACAGGAGAUAUCUGAACUUUUGAACAAGAGAGGGCUGUAG